AUGUGUGGAUAUGGAUCACAAACUCUUCUCUCUCCUCUCAUCUCUUCUCACAUGGUGAAUCUUCCUCACGUUCUUCGCAUAGCCUUGUUUCUAGACAUUUGCAAAGCCUAAGAAUCUUUCCUCUGAAAAGAAAUACAGCCCCAAAGUUGAAGCGAAAGCCGAUUUUGAAUCCAAAAACGAAGCUCAAGAUCAGGACAUCUUUCAUUUUCAAGACCCCAUUGAUGAUCAUAGAGAGAGAAGUACUAGGAAGAAGAACAAACUAUGAAUGGAGCUCACAGCUUUAGAUAUGACAGUGAGACUAUGGCAGGCGAUAAUCCAACGAGUUCGAGGGGUUUCUUCAAGCAUCGAAGCAUGGAUAACUGCUUUCCCUCCAUACCUUCUCCUCUGUCGAGAAGUGCAAGUCGGAGAAGGACUACAGUAAGCAAAAGAGGAUGUUCUUUCUUCAGAAGCAGCAGCAGAAAGGGCACCGAUGCUGCAAUGCCCUCACCUUCAAGCAAGGGAUCAUGGCAAAGCCAAGACUCAAAAUCCUCUUCUUCGGCUUCCUUCAUCUCGAAAAGCAUGAGUGGAAGAAGCUCGGCCCCCAUCAUGUUUUCCAACUCAUCUGGGAUGUUAAAGCCCCCACCAGUGGAAUGGAAGCUUGAGUGCACUCUUGAGGAGCUGUGCUUUGGUUGCAGGAGGAAGGUCAAGAUCACAAGAGAUGUGGUUACAAAGACCGGGCAAAUAAUUCUAGAAGAGGAGUUGCUGAAUAUAAAAGUGAAACCUGGAUGGAAACAAGGAACAAAGAUCACAUUUGAAGGGAUGGGAAAUGAGAGACCAGGGGCUCAUCCCGCCGACAUAAUCUUUGUGAUUGCAGAGAAAAGACACCCCUUGUUCAGGAGAGCAGGCGACGAUUUGGAGUUUGCAGUAGAAAUCCCUUUAGUAAAGGCACUUACAGGCUGCAAACUCUCAAUCCCACUAUUGGGAGGGGAGAAUAUGAGUUUGACAAUUGAGGAUAUCAUACACCCUGGCUAUGAAAAGAUCAUUGCUGGCCUGGGCAUGCCAAGAUCCAAAGAGCAAGGAAACAGAGGGAAUUUGAAAAUCACAUUCCUAGUUGACUUUCCAACACAACUGACAGAUGAACAAAGAUCAGAUAUUCUUAGUAUUCUACAGGAUACUUGCUGAUCAACUCUUAUUGCUUUUUCCUACCCUACAAGUGUUCUGUUGAGCAGCAAUUCUAGAGGGAUUCAGGUUGGCCACCAACAAUACUUCAUUGUGAAAUAUACUGUAUACAUGAAGCUUUGCGAUGUAGUAAUUCAACACAAAUUAGAUGUUCAGUUUUGCAUCUCACAGAGCCAACCUUGUGGUUGGUUGAAGGAUGUAAGCAUUUUGAUUUGAACUGAACUAGAAUUCUGACAAAAGAGAGGUUCUUUCAAGUGUUUUAUAAAUUCCAGUUAAAAGUUGCAGUGA